AUGCCGGCACCGAAGAAGGUGGACAAUAAAUGGGAAUCAUCAAGUAGACCAAGUUCUUCUUCUCCAAAGAGUCCACAUGGUACCAAAGUCAAAAGAAGUAGAAAAAGCAGACAUAAAAAUAAAGAAAAUAUUUCCGAGGAUAAAGAUCUUGCUGAACAACUGCAGAAGGUUGAAAGACAAGUGGAACAAGAGUUGAAAUUUACGGCAGAGUUGGAACGUGAUAGAAUAAUUUCGCAGCAGGAAGAAUCAGAGAGGGAAAGAAGCAGAGAUGAAGAUGAAUAUGAAGAUGAGUCUUAUGAGUCGGGUUCCUUCGAUUCGGAAGCUGCGAAUGUUACGUAUACUGGAGCCGUUGAUAUAUCUGUGUAA